AACUGUAAAUGCCGAGCCUUUCGGAGUUUGUUCACUGUGCGCUCGGUUGACUUCGGCGCCAUGUCCAAAUCAGAAUGAAUUUGAUUCAGUUGUAAUCAACUGGAAAAUGGGAAUAUUGUCGACGCUGCCGAGUAGGGGAUGUCUCUCUCACAAGUUUACUCUCUCUCGGGUCAUGGAAACUGACCUUAAAAGAAUGCGUGGUGAGUCAUAAAUUAAAAUAGACGUAACCAUUCGUUCUAAAACGGUUCCAUUGGGAGACAAUACAGAAGAAACAAGACGUUGGUCCCAGCGAGAACACGGUGCGAAGCAAGGGGAACUUCUUGAAGUGACGUUCAUGAAUCCAAAAACUGACCCAUAAGUGAGCUGAGGGUGUUGGGGUUGAAGUCUCUCUACUGCGAAUGAUGUCGUCCAAGCGAGCCACACCUCCGUUUCCCCCGGCGACAGAGGAAGAGGAAGCGAUAGGUCAGGACAGUGUGGGCUGGGCCAAUGAGGACAGAGAAAGCCAUGACCAGCCAGUUACGCCCCCUCUGCACGGCAAACCCCUCCCAGAGGAGCACCAGCCAAUCAGAGACAGCCAGCCUGAGUCGGACUGGGAGAGUAUAGGCCCUACUCAGACAGACAAUGCUAGUAGCAAGGGCUGUUCCUUGAACUCCUACCGGAAUAACUCUAUAUCUCCACCAAAGCCUGAGGAGUGUUCCCAGGAUUGCGGCGAGCUGCUAGGCGGAUCCGCCUUCAGAACACCGGAACGCCGCAAAGGAAGCCUGGCUGACGUGGUGGACACCCUGAAACAGAAGAAACUAGUAGAGCUGACAAAGACAGAACAGGAUGAGUCUACCUGUGCGGAGACACUUCUGUCCAGGGACUGGAAAGACAGGAGGGACAGACUGAAUGCCAGCGAGCUCCUAGGAGAGGUCAAAGGUACCCCAGAGAGUUUGGAGGAGAAGGAGCGUCAGCUUUCGACCAUGAUUGGCCAGCUCAUCAGCCUGCGGGAGCAGCUCCUGGCGGCCCACGACGAGCAGAAGAAGAUGGCCGUCUCACAGAUGGAGAAGCAGAGGCAGCAAAUGGAGCUGGCCCGUCAGCAGCAGGACCAGAUUACGACUCAGCAGCAGCAGCUCCUGCAGCAGCAGCAUAAGAUCAACGUUCUCCAGCAGCAGAUACAGGUGCAGGGUCACAUGCCUCCUCUGAUGAUCCCAGUGUUUCCUCACGACCAGCGAUCUAUGGCGGCUGCUGCCGCACAGCAGGGCUUCCUCUUCCCACCGAACAUGUCCUACAAGCCAGGUGAUAACUACCCCAUGCAGUUCAUUCCAACCACAAUGGCAGCUGCAGCCGCUUCAGGACUGAGCCCGCUCCAUCAGCAGCUGUACGCUGCCCAGCUGGCCAGCAUGCAGAUCUCGCCCGGAGCCAAAAUGGCCUCCCUGCCGCAGCCUCAAAACUCCUCAGGCCCCCUCUCGCCCUCUGCCUUGAAGAGUAAGAAGAGAGCAUCGAGUCCUGUCACUCACAUUAAGGAGGAAGGAUCGACACAGCCCCUGAAUCUCUCAGCCCGACCCAAGACUGGCGAGCCCCACCACUCCCCAUCCUCGCCGUCACACAGCCUGUACCCUGGCAACAAGAGCAGGCCCAUCAGCAUGGGGAAGAGGCGCAUCCCCAGCCCCCUCUCCAACAUGGGCAGGGGCUCACUGGACAUCCUGUCUAGCCUGAACCCCACGCCACUGUUUGGGGACCAGGAUGCGGUGAUGAGCGCCAUCCAGGAGGCGAGGAAGAUGAGGGAGCAGAUCCAGAGAGAACAGCUUCAUCACCAGCAGCAAAGCCUGGAGGCCAAGCUCACAGCCCUGAGCGGCAUGAGUUUCAGCAAUGGCAGCAAGGAGCGGAUGCACUUUGAGAGUUUGAGUCAGCACCUGGGCAACCUGGGAGAGGAUGAUGGAAAGACGGGCCACAGGGUCAUUGACCUCACCAGACAUGAGGAUGUUGAUGGUGUCUCCUGCACUACAGAGGCCCGGGUCUUCAGGGAGACCAGGGGAAGGAACAGUACUGAGCCCCACAUUAAGAGACCCAUGAAUGCCUUCAUGGUGUGGGCCAAGGACGAGAGGAGGAAGAUCCUGCAGACCUUCCCCGACAUGCACAAUUCCAACAUCAGCAAGAUCCUGGGCUCUCGCUGGAAGUCCAUGACCAACCAGGAGAAGCAGCCAUACUACGAGGAACAGGCCCAUCUCAGUAAGAUCCACCUGGAGAAGUACCCCAACUACAAGUACAAGCCCCGGCCCAAGAGGACCUGCAUCAUCGACGGCAAGAAGCUACGCAUCGGGGAGUACAAGCAGAUGAUGCGCUCGCGGCGACAGGAGAUGAGGCAGUUCUUCAGUGUGGGGCCACAGCCUCAGAUCCCCAUCAGCAACAGUGCCGGCGGCCUCUACCCGGCUGCCAUAGCGACAGCCACGCCCUCACCGCACCUGACGUCGGACUGCUCCAGCGCCUCGGCCAGCCCCGAGCCCGCCAUCCCCGCCACCCAGAGCACGUUCGGCGUGGUCAAGCCCAAGCCGGUCGCCAUGGUGACCGGCGAUCACCCGGUCAUCGGAGAGGACGAGAUAGACAUGUAUGAAGACUUUGAGGACAAAUCGGACUACAGCAGUGGCCAUGAGACACGGGAGCCUGUCGGCGCCAACUGAGCAUGCUCAGAAGAACCUCUGAUUUUUUUGAACUUUUUUGAACUAAAAAGCGGGACAAUAUGACAGAGACAGUGUUAUGAGCAGAACAACUUUUCAACAGUACGACGGGAGCUGAGCAUGUGCUCGAAGCAGCUCCGUCCGGGAUACGAUGCACCACAGACUGAGCAUGCUCAGAUUGACUCUCGACAGGAAGUGACAUCAGAUCUCACAGAGCAUGUUGCUCAAAAAAAAUACCUUGACGGGAGUGCUUCUUUUUAGCAUGCGCAAACGUCUCGGAAACGAUCCCGUACAGAGGGAUUGGGCAAAGACAACCUCCAGACAACCUCCAGACAAUCUACCAGAAAGACAGUGAACAUACUCACACGGCAAUUACAAUGCAACACGGACAAGAGCAAGUAAGAGUCAGUAAGAUGUCGAUGAGAAGAGAAUGAGAUUAAAGAACAAAGAGAGAGCCUACACAUUUCCCGCGUGUGUAUUUUUUUUUAUAGGAGCGUGCAUGGAUUUGACUAAAACAUCAGGAAUUGGUCUUCGACAGCGGUCAGUCUUAAAUGUUUAUUUUAAGUGUGAUGACGUUUUUUUUUUUGCGUUUUUAAAUUUGAUUUCCAUGGACAUGUUCCUUGAUAGGUUACUUUCCUGUAAAACCUUGGAUUGUCAGGACUUGAAAAUGUGAAAGGUAAUGUAAAAUCCUUAGCUCUUGUAGUUUGACAUGAUUAUUUCUCAUGAGUACAGUACCCCUACACCUUUCUCGACAAAUGCUUACAAUAUGUUACAUUACUGUUUAUGAUGGGGUUUUAUAUCCUUGCUCAGGUAUGCUGUGCCAGCUUGUGAAUGUGUUUUUGAUUUCAUAUGAGAGAAUGGUAGGACUUUUCAGACUGACAACGAAACAGGGGAGGAAAAAAAAUCCCUUUUAUUAUUAUUAAUAUUAUUAUAAUGUUUUUUUUAAUUUUUAGAUAUUGUACAGUUUUUCUUGAAAUGUGCCAAACCUACAUUCACAUCCCUCUAAAAUAUUCUAGUCUUAAUUUUGAUGCUGCAAAAUGUCUUAUACAAUCAUUAGUAUCUCCCCGACCCCCGGACCAUGGGUAGGCCCAGCGCUCUAGGACACCUUGUGGUGCGCUACAGGGUCAUGUUGAUUAGGUACCAAAUGAAAGACAAACCGACAUUUCAAGCGUUUUCCCCUUGCAUAACCCAGUAAACAACCCAGCACUCAUCGCCAAACGCAAUGCCUCAGGAUUCCUCCGGAUACUGAUAUCUGUCAUCUCUGGCACCACCUCUGGCAGUGACACAGACCAGUAGAGGGAUUCAUCGUAGAGAGUAUCAAUCUGGGGAUGUUUAGCCCCAAGUACCUUCCCCUCUCUCUUUUCUUAGCCCACAUCUUCUACGGGAUGUUAAAAGGGGUCGUUCAUGAUUUUACAACAAAGGUUUGUAUUGGCUGUUUAUAGAAAACCUUAACCAUGUUUAACAUGUUUAUUCUGGCCCAUAGACUAUAUUCAAGGUGAGGAACCAUCUAACAUCAAGUUGUAAAAUCCUGAUCGUCCACUUUAAUUCACCCAUAAUGCAUAGAGGCCAAAAAUGAUCAAAUGAGUUGUUUUGGUACACUGUUACAGUACAUUGACUUUCAGCUUGAGUGGCUUUUUAGGUUGGAUUUUAUUUCAAGUUUGUGUGUAGAGUUUGUGAGUAUAACAUGUGUUAUACAGACUCAGCAAAUGUUGUUAAUGACACAGUACAUCUUAAUAGGCACAAUAAGUCUUAGACUCUUACUCUUAACUAAGAGUUAGACUCUUAGUUCUAUGGUCAUUCCGAAUGACAGGAAAACGCAGAGGAGCGGUCCAGACAGUCAUUUCGAUAGUAGGGACACCAUAUAUUUAGGGGUUUAAAAUGUACAUUUUCUUUACUGCGUUAUACCGAAGUACAGAAGAUCAGAUUUUGUUUCUGUGAAUUGAUCAGUUUACAAUUAUGUUGACGUCAGAGGUGGUUCUCAAAAUACAGACCAAUGUUUUUUUUGUCAAAUUGGUACGUUGUCAAAAAAACAAAAACGUGGGUCAAUAUAACCUCGAGCAUUUCAAAAGGUACAUUUAUAUUUCUGCAGUGCAUGUAUAUUUUGAAACGGAUAUUUAAAGUCAAUUUAAAACGUACCCAUAAAAGUCCUAUUUUCAUAAUCCUCCAUUUUGCAAAUAUGUCUACUUUUACAAGCUCUAUUUUAGGGUUUGUGUUACUCUGUUUGCUGGUUGAUUUGUAUGUGAUUUGUAACUCUUUAUGACCAUGUCAAACGACAUUUUUGCAGGUUGGUAGAAGAAAAAAAAGACGUUUUUUUUUUUUUUUUGGACUGAAGUUUGAUUGAACUUGCAUUACCACAAAAAGGAGAGCUUGCCUCGUGCGUAGACAUUGUCCCCAGUGUUCUAAGCAUCACACGCACUGGAUAUUAAUGUUCUCUUCUCAGUACUGCCUAAUGUGAAGUUGUCGUAAAAACAAAAAAACGACAAAAUUCUGACAAAGAAAAAAGUCACCUGUUUUGACUUGAGAGGAAAAUCUCACAUUUCCAGUUUAGUAGCAUUUAAAAAAAAAUAUUUAUGCAGAAGUCAUUGUUUUAACUCCAGUGCUGCCUGAGGUGCUUUGCCCUUUGACACAAGUCCAAAGGUCACUCAGACCACCGGUCUGUUUCGACCUACAGAAGCAGACGUCAUUUCAUUUUCUCCUGGUCACACACAUUUUGUGUUGAGUAUUGUAUUUGAAAUUAAAUUGUGCUUUUUAACAUUUCAUUGUAUUUAUUAGCUGGUGUUGGCUCUAAAAGUGUCAGUACAACUUUGUGAGAAAGACAAUCAGAGAAAAAAAUAAAGUCAGAUUUCCUUACAAAUUCA